UGUCUAGUAAAAUACAUUCGAUUCCAUUUAAUGUGCUGUAAGUUACAUAGAGGAAGGGAGAGGAAGGUUGCAUUGAAAUUUAAAAUUAGCUUCUUUUGACAACAAUUAAUCGAGCCACAAAUGCCAAAUCGCGCGUUUAACAUAAUGCCAACGAUUAAAUUUAGCAUGCACUGCGAGACAAUGGCCGGUGUGGUUCUGACAACGGCCAAGACAAAUACAAAACAGACGCAUAGCUUAACAUAUUCAAAAAACUCAGAUCACGCAGAAUACGCUGACCACGAAAAGGACGUCCUGCGUCAUAUGUGCGAGCAAUGCGGAUAUAGGACUCGUAUACUUGGAAAUUUAAAGGUGCAUAAGCGACGUCAUACUGGCGAAAAACCUUUCCGUUGUGACAUAUGCAAUGCAUCAUUCGUGGCACGAUACCAACUAACCACUCACUUUGAACGCCACAUGGACACCGAUCAGCGACGCAAUCGCUACAUGUGCCGAGAAUGUAAUGUUGGAUUUCUUAGUGCGCGCGCUCUUUAUCACCAUAAGCCGUUGCAUGCUCAAGUGAAGCAAUAUAAGUGUGGCAUAUGUGAGAAGUCCUACGCGCAGGCAGCUGGAUAUGCGCAACACAAGCGUUGGCAUCGCCAACGUAACGAGCGUGGAACGGCCACAACCAAUUUCAAAAUGCCUGACACAAUUAAAACAAAUUUAAAUUAGCCCGCGUCCACGUUUUUCAACACUGCGUGAUUUCGAUGACAUUGUUAUUGUUAUUAAAUUCGUGUUAUCGAUGCAUUGUUUUGGUACUUGCCUGGGAGAGUGUUAAUUUGUUUAUGUUUGUUUUUAUGGCAAAUGUGAAAA